CGCUUCCGCACUGAACAAGAAGAUGACUCUAACUCUAAGCAUGGCGGAUACUCUAAUCAACAACUCCCAAGAAACGGAUUACACCUACGAUCAUCAUCCCGAGGAAGAUAACGCUCCCAUCGACCUCUCUCUCCUCCGCAUCAACAGCUUCAACAACUCCUCAGAUCGCCGCCGCGCGAACUCCUCUCCUCCUCAGUUUCCCUCUCACGGAUCGUUCUCCUCUUCCUCCGCCGCCGCCACAAGCCCCGUGAAACGCCCCUCACCGGAGCCGAGAGAAGCCGACGAGCCGAGGCGCAAGAAGCUGUUUCCUUCCCCGCCGGAGACUAAGGAAGACGAAGAGAUGUCUAACCGCCUGGGCUACAAGAAGGUCCCGCUUCCUGCGGAUUGCAAUCCGGCGCGAAUCCGUUCGUCUCCUGUCUACAAUCGAUCUCUCUCCGAUAGAUUCGCUUCGACCGGUUAUACUCGUGGCGGCGUUGGUCAAGAGACAGCACCGUCGGGUAACAUCGUCUCUUCUCUGCCGCCGCGGCCGCGGAAACCGGUGUUUCGGAGGUCAGUCUCCGAUCUUUCGCCGGCACCUUCUCGCUACACCGCGAUUGAUGAAGCUGAUCUUGCGAAUCAAGAAACCUCUGAAGCCAAUAAGAUGCUCUAUGUGAUCAAGGAUGGAGUUCGUGAGUUGGAUCAGUGGUGUAACAAGCUCUUACACUACAGUGAAGCUGUGAAACAAGACGACACUCCCAAGGAAGAAGUUGAGCCGCAAGAGGAGGAGCAAGAGAAAGAGUGUAAAGAAGGCGUGAAGGUGGACAGAGUGGGCGAGGCGUUUGUGGUUGAGAUCAACUGUCCCUGCGGAAGAAACUACCGAACUCUCUUCUCUGGCCGUGACUGCUACUACAAGCUCUUGUAGAGAAUUGGUUCGACAUUCUUUGAUCAUCAAUCAUAAGUGGAAGGAUCUCUCAUCACAAAGCUUCUGUAGAUAAGGCAUACGCACACACUGUUUACGUGCUUGCAGAUACUACACAUUGUUCCAUACGCAUUGUUUCGUUCUCUGUAUAGAUAGUAGUAGCUAUACAACAUUGUCAUACC